AUGAUCUUGCUGCAAUGGAGCUGGCAGAUUUUGGGAGAAGAUGCGCCGCUACCCCACCGUAGCCAUUAUCGGCACCGGGCCAGCAGGCAUCUCAGCCCUAAGAGCGUUGCACGACGAGAAAGGACAGAAACCGUCCACAUUCCCGCAGAGGACAACGCCGGCGUUCCCUCAGACGACACAAUGCCGACGGCGAUGUAUGGCUGGCUAGACACGAAUGUGCCUGCAGAUUUGAUGGCGUUUACUCACACUCCACUUCCAGAGGAGAAUUCCCCUAUAUCCGUGGAGAGGUAUGGGGACGGGAAUGCGACGAGGCCGUGGUAUACUGUUGCGCAAUAUCUCCUUGAAUUGGUUGAGUGGCUUCAGGGGUCUAUCUCGUUUGAGACCACGGUUGUAUCAGUGGAGAAAACAUGGUCUGGUAAAUGGAGGUUGACGCUGAGGCGGCCGGAAGCCGUGGAAGGGGGGAAAAGGGAUUUAUGGUGGCAGGAGGAGUUUGAUGCGGUGAUAGUUGCUACGGGACAAUAUAGCGAGCCGUUUCUCCCGAAGAUUCCUGGAUUGGAUCGGGUGGUAAAUACUCAUCCGGAGACACUGGAGCAUGUGAAUGCAGUCCGGUCGCGGGAGCAGUACGCCAGCAAGAGAGUGGUGAUUGUCGGAGGGAGCUUCUCGGCGAGUGAUGCUGUGGGGGAUAUAUACAUGCUCGUGCGCGGUCCACUAUAUGUCUCCCGAAGCUCACAUAGUCCGUAUAUAACGGAGAUAUGGAACUUGUCGAAUGUCGAAGUGAGGCCAACAAUCGGUCAGAUCGAAGGCCAGGAUCGUACGAAACUCAAGCUCACGUUUUCCGACGGCUCCAAGCUGGACGAUGUUGACAAACUUAUAUUUGCGACUGGAUACCGGUUCUCGGUCCCGUUCUUAUCUCACCAGCCUGUUAUAAAGGCCGACAGAGUACCAGGAACAUAUCAGCAUGUUUUCAGAAUCGGCGAUCCAUCCUUGGCUUUUUCUCGGGCUUGUUAG